AGGCCUCAGAGAGAGAGAGACAGUAAAAGAGAGCAAGAGAGAGAUAAAUACUGAAGCCAGGACACGUCUCUUGAGCUGUGUUUUCACCUCAGGUGGCCUGUAUCUGUAUUGUACUUAGGGAUCAAGCCCACACUCUGUGGCAUUGGAGUAACAUAAUUUCACACAUCUGGAUACAUGAUGGGGAUGACUACAACUACAUGUCUGCUCAUGAUACUGGAUACACAGUGAACCUGGUGAAGGAGAACCCAGGGUACGCAGGUCACUACGACCUGCUGCUCAUGGUGUUGGACCAGCAGGGUCAGGGAGCCCUCCACAAUCUAUCCGUCACCGUGUAUGACUGCUCUGGUGGCCAGCUGCAGUCUCGGCAGGGCCUCUGGAACCAAGAUUGGAGCGAGGGCUGUAGGGAUUGUCAUCGGUGUCACGCUGCUACUGCUAAGUUUUCUACUGUUGUCCCUCCUGUUGACCAGUAAAAAAAUAACUGAAGCUGAUCCCUACAGAUGAAAACUCUGAAGAACGUCAGAUCAAAUCUAACAUUGAGAUCCCAGGAACUGAUUGCAAGGUAACAACAGACAUUACCAUCACAUUCAUCUCUGGUCAUUGCUUUUUUCCAUCACACAAUAUGCUAUUUUGAUCAUAGGUGUCUACAUGUAUCACACUCAAAGUGGACAGUCUGCUGGGAACAAAAGCUGAUUUUCUACCAAUCAAGAUGCCGGCUGAACAGGAGUCCACCAGUAUGCGAGCACCGGUAUGUUCAGGAUAUUCAGGGUAUUUUUCCUCAUACCAAGAGCAACGGGAACAGUUUCAACGAGGAACCUCUCUGCACAAGAGGAUGUUAAUUCUGCAGAUUCCCGGAGAGGAGCUGGGGGACUAUGCCCCCCACCCCUACGCUAAAGAGGGGGACCUAGAGACCGACCUCCAGCUGGGUGCUAUUGCCAUCCGAGACCAGGAAAAGCUACUCUACUUGGGCGCCAGGUUCAACACGCUGGCCUCCAUUUGCAACACCCCAUACCCCAGCGCAUCCUAAGCCCACCUCUCCCUCACCCUCUUGGGCAAGAGGCUCUGCCAGGACUGGCUAGUUAGCAUGGGCAUAACAGGCUAGGUACCGGCUGCUUUCAUGGAUUAUAAAUUGAACUGAUCACUCAUGCUUAAAAAUGAGGUAGAACAGCAAACCUCCUCUUGGAAAAUCUGGAUAACAACAAACAAUGUUAAACUUACUUUUUUUUCAAGCAUAAAAUACACAGGACUAUGGAGAUCAAUGACCAAUACAAAGACCAAGAUGGAACUCAGUGCUGGAAGGAAAAUAAAUGCAAUUUACCAAUGGAUCUUACAUGGGCAGUAGCUAUGUACAGCUGUGCCGUAGGGAGCCUGGUUGUACAUAUCAGGCAUGCUACAUUCUACUCUAUUGUACACUGGCCAGGGCUCACUGGUUUGACCAGCCAGCAAAAAACAAAUGGAUUUCUGCACUGAGAACAGACCAGGGAAGUGAGCAACAUGGAGUGGAAAAUACUUGAAUGUCAAUUACUUUUUAGCUCUGAUUUUACAAAUGCGAUGGCUGCAAUGAAAUAGUGCUAUAAUGGUGAAUGAGAGAGAAAGGUCAUUCUUUUAACAUACCAUCUCUUACCCACAUAUGGCAAGAUAAAAAUAGUCUAAUGAUGUUACAUAUGAUGGUCAUGUUUAAGAUUAUUAUCAAUUAAACACUUGGGCUUAAGUCCAGUUGUUUUAUUUGGGUGUAUAUAUUUUGAGGUUGUCUUUUAAUGUAUAUUCUAUAUGGUAUGUAAAUAAGGGAAAGCACAAAUUGAGUUCUGUGGCAUAUUUUCAUACGCCUCAGGUCACGGUAUCAAUGAAACAACCAUCUUCGCAAAA